AGCUCUUGGAUUAAAUGAUCUGGCAGCCAGGCAGAAGGAAGCAAUCUACAUAAUGACAGGCCAUAACUGCUGGGGAUAUGGGCAGAAAGAUGGACCUUCUCUAUGGUACAAGUCCUAUCCCAUUGCCCGAGGCAGCCGUCAGUCUCCGAUUGAUAUCAUCCCCACGCAAGCUAUCUAUGACCCCAGUUUGAAGCCUCUCUGUAUUUCCUAUGAAUCAGGUUCCUCUCUUGACAUCUCCAACAAUGGGCAUUCAGUCAUGGUGGAUUUCAAGGAUCUUGAUGACAAAACAGCUAUCAGUGGAGGCCCCUUGGAAAAUCCUUAUAGGCUGAAGCAAUUCCAUUUUCAUUGGGGGACAAGCCAGAAUGCUGGAUCUGAACAUACCAUUAAUGGGAAGUCUUUCCCUUGCGAGCUCCAUUUAGUUCACUGGAAUGCCAAGAAGUACGCAACAUUUGGAGAAGCUGCAGCAGCCCCAGAUGGCUUGGCGGUGGUUGGUGUUUUCUUAGUGGUUGGAGAAGAACAUCCUUCUAUGAACAGACUGACUGAUGCCUUCUAUAUGGUCAAAUUUAAAGAAACAAAAGCUGAGUUCACAUCUUUCAACCCAAGCACCCUUCUGCCCCCCUGCCUAAAUUAUUGGACAUAUCCUGGAUCUUUGACGACACCACCUCUCAGCGAGACCGUCACCUGGAUAGUGCUGAAGGAAGCUAUCCAAGUAUCCGAGAAACAGAUGGAGAAAUUCAGAACUCUCCUUUUUACAACAGAGGAAGAUGAAAAGAUCCCAAUGGUGAAUAAUUUCCGGCCCCCUCAGCCUCUUAAGGGAAGGGUUGUUCGUGCAUCCUUCAAGGUGUAAGAACGGAUGGAAAGGAGAAGGCAGAACGUGCAAAGAGAUUCUAAAGCAGCAGACAUAAGACUUUGAUUUUCAUCGUGGGCUUUAAAAUGCCACAGCAAGGAGGCAGCAGGACAUCUACUGACAUGAUUCCAAACUCAAGAUAUCUUGGGAAGCAUCCAUACCACUCCAAGCUUCCUCAGAAGUGGUUUUUAAGAAUGUGGGUUCUCCCUCUUUUUUCCUUCCUUCCUUCCUUCCUUCCUUCCUUCCUUCCUUCCUUCCUUC